UUUUGACAAGAAGUGUUUCAUUUUAUAAACACCAGCAACGAAGUAAUGCGAGGGAAAGCUCCUAAAUAAGUACUGUUAUUGAUCGUAAAUGUUGGAUUUAAGUAAUAUUCAUAACCAGACAACUUCCGUCAUUGCUUAAUUUUCUAUAAACAUUAUCAUGCUAGCUAACAACGUACAAUGCAUUAACAUACUUAGAAGAGUUUGUAGUAAUAUUAGCUAGCUUGACUGCAUCUGUGAAUUCUAAAAUCGGUGGCUAGGUAAUACUUACUUUUUAAAUUUAAUACUGUUGGACCGGUCUGCUGCCAUGGCUGAGCGUGGGGCACAUUUGACCACUGCAGCUGCAGAUGAUAGACCAUCCAUAUUCGAAGUUCUCGCGCAGGAGUCCCUGAUGGGUGCUGUGAGACCAGCUUUGCGCCACGCUGUGAAGGUACUGGCAGAGUCCAAUCCCUCACGCUACGGAUUCCUCCUGAGGAGAUUCGACGAGAUUUACGUCGUUCUCGACCUUUUGCUUCAGCACCAUUUUCUGUCACGGUCAAGCGGCUCCUUCUCUGAAAACUUCUACAGCUUGAAGCGCGUCUCCUCUACGGGAAGCGAGAAGCCCGCUUAUUUGGGACUUCGAGGCAAAUCCCACUGGCGCUCGCUGCUUCUGCUGGCUCUCGUGCCGUACCUGCGGGCCAAACUGGAACAAGUGUUGGCGAAGCAGAGGGACGAGGAUGAAUUCUCCAUCCGCCUGCCUCAAUCCCGCAUGCAGAGAAUGUACAGGGCUUUCCUGGCCGCGUACCCUUACGUCAGCAUGGCUUGGGACAGCUGGGUCUUCUGCCAACAGCUCUUGUACGUGUUUGGUCGCGCAAGGACACAUUCGCCAUUUCUGUGGCUGGCGGGAGUCCAACUGGCUCACCUCACAGGACAUGACAUCAGGAACAUGGACCUGAAACCAGCAACACCAUCUGCAGGCAUUGGGUCAAGUAUCGGUGAUCGGUUACGGAAGCUGACGACAACUGUGGUUGGAGGCGUGGCCGUGUCCCUCUCCUCAAGCCUGUCCAUGGGGGUGUUCUUCCUCCAGUUCCUGGAGUGGUGGUAUUCCUCUGAGAACCAGAGCACCAUGAAGAGCUUGACCACCCUGCCCACGCCGCCCCCUCCCGUCCACCUGCAGGACCCUUCAUCCCAACACAGCAAAGUGUGCCCGCUGUGUCGCAAGUGCCGCACCAACGACACGGUUCUCUCCACCUCCGGCUUUGUGUUUUGUUACCGGUGCAUCUAUGUCUACGUCAAAGCAAAUAUGAGGUGUCCCAUGACUGGUUACCCCACUGAACUCCAGCAUCUCAUCAAGAUUUACUCUCCUGAGAGCUAGACAUGGGAAACGCAUCGGGAGGGGGGGGGGGGGGUCUUCUAAAGAUGUCCGCUUUUCCAUUUCUUUAGUGUCAGUAAUUGUGAUUGUAAAGGUGAAAUCCCCAUGUGAAAGCAGCAAGUGUUAUGGAAAGCAGCAAGUGCCAUGUUAGUCAGCUGGUGUCCUCCUACUCAGACACAAGUAUAAGUACUGCCUGAUUAUGCAAUUCAAUUUGUUUGUCCUUAGCAUGAUCAUAUAGUCUUGAUUUUUCUAUGAACCUUGAAGAAACAAUGUUUUGGACUUGUGGCAAAGCAGAAGUGCUGCAAGAUAUUUUCCCACACUGUAGGAAACUGCCUCCAGUUCAAAUGUGAACAUUCAGUAUGUAGCCCUCGAGGAGGCCUAGCCAAACAAGGAAUGGAGUUGAUGUUUAUGAAGCCAAGCAUACUUCAGGCGUGAGCUAUCCAUGGAAGGACAAGUCGUUUUCAGAAUUAAAACUUUAUUUGAGCAACUUUCUUGGAAGUGUGCAUUAGUUGGAAGCCAUGUGCAUAUUUUUGCAUGAAUCCACAAUCUUCAACAUACUGCCCUCGCCAUUGGAACUUUACUUUUCCCAUUUGUCCCUCAGCGAACAGGAGCACCUGAAAAUAAGUCAGAAUAAUUGAAAUAUAGCAUUACAGGAAUGUUUAAAAUACAGAUACAGCAAGACCAGACUUCAUUAGUUUACAGUUAUCCAACCUGCCAUCAGCAUCAGGUACUGAACGGCAAAAAUCCUAAAGCUACAUGCAUUACAGGGAGCUAGAUGUCCAACUUAAGUAGUCUCUGCAGAGAGAGUAUAUUUAGCAUGAGGUCAUGACCUGCAUGCCGAUUCAGUUGAAUGUGAUCCGCCAUGGCCUGGCCGCAGUACAGCUAAUAUGAUCCGAGGUGUGAGGGCAGAACACCCACACUGCCGCGCCAAAGCUGCUCAACAACGUAGGCCAGGAGUCUAAACAUAGAGCCAUGGCAGGUCCUUAGGGUAGGGGCUGAGCCUUAAGUGAUGGGCCUCAUGUCAAGACUAUCCCCUCCCAACUGGCUGAACCACUAGUGAGAUAAGUAGCACAGUUGACUGGUCAACUUUUAUCUAGCUUGAUAAAAAGGAAAAAGGUCAUAACAUAAGAAAAUGGGAUGUUUGGGGGACAACGGGAUCACAGAACAUUUUGUGCCUAUGAGUGCUACAUUUGUAAGGGCCAUAUGGGCUACUAAUGUGAGCAUAUCUGACAUUGGUUUUGACUGAAGAAUUCACCAUUAGCAUCCUCGGUCAAUAUAACCUCACAGCUCAGCGAGAAGAUUAAAACUGAUCAUGCCUUAGUCAGAGACACCCAGAGGUAUCACUACCAAGUCAGUUUG